AUGUUAAUCUGUAGACGCGUUCAUACACAAACACGAUCUUACAUUUGCAACGAAAUCAAUUGUACCAAGAGCUAUACCAAAAAAUCACAUUUAACAAGACACAUUCGUCGUAGCCAUUUACAAGAUAUAAGGGAUGAUAAGCCUGAAUGUAGAGUCGCUGCCAUCUUGAACAGUGCUACUGCGACCACCUCGGCCACCACAGACGAUGAUGAUGACGAAGAAGAAGAGGAGAUAGACGACCAUGUGGACACCUACGAUACUGCAAGCAUAGUGAAGAAGGAGGACGUCUUGAUAAAUCAAAAAUCUCCAUCCAGUGUUGUAUAUCCAUCAGCUAUAAAUCAGCAAUCGAGCUAUUGGCCCACUUCAAAUCCAUCGUGUUACUCAAACAACAACAAUAACAUUAUCUACUCGUCUUUACCCACGGUAUACCAACCAACAGGAAAUGGCUAUUACUAUCAUGGACGACAGGGCUACUAUCCCUUUUAA